GCACCGGCGGGGCGGACAGAGUUAGAGGAAAAUGGCGGACGGUGUGGAUCAUAUCGACAUCUACGCCGACGUCGAGGAGGAAUUCAGCCAGGAACCGGAAUACCCCCCUCAUGAGCAGAUCGAUUUGUACGAUGACGUAAUAUCCCCCUCAGCCAAUAACGGAGAUGCUCCGGAAGACCGUGACUACCUGGACUCGCUCCCUGCUCCAGGGGGCUCCGAAGGGGGGAAGAGCGCCCCACCCAAUGUGGUUUACACCUACACAGGCAAAAGGAUUGCCCUGUACAUAGGAAACCUGACAUGGUGGACAACAGACGAAGACCUGACAGAAGCUAUUCGGUCAAUAGGCAUCUCAGAUGUUCUUGAGAUCAAGUUCUUUGAAAACCGAGCCAAUGGCCAGUCUAAAGGGUUUGCCCUGGUGUGUGUCGGUUCAGAGACAUCGUCCAGAAAGUUAAUGGACCUAUUGUCCAAGAGGGAGCUCCAUGGCCAAAAUCCCAUCGUCACCCCAUGCAAUAAACAAUCUCUGAGUCAGUUUGAGAUGCAGUCACGUAAAAAUUGCACAGGUACCCAGUCGGGGCAAAUGUCUGGGGAAGGUAAAGCCGGCCCUCCGGGCUCAGGCUCCCGUGGCGGAUUCCCGAUGGGCAGCCGCAGCAAAGGCAGGUUCCCUGGACCCCCUGGUCCUGGAAAUGACCGCUUCCCCGGCCCAGUGGGGCCCGGAGGCCCACCACCACACUUCCCAGGCUCGGGAAUGAGACCAGAUCUGGUUAGCCACCAUGAUGGCCCUCUGAUGGAAAUGAAUUUCAAUCCCUUCCCGCCGGGGGGCAGGAACGGGAGCUGGCAUAGCAGAGGUGGGAUCCAGGGACCUCCUCGUCCUCCUCCGGGCCCUCCUGGCCCCCCAGGGCCUCCAGGUCCUCCACCUCCUGGCCAAGGCCUUCCUCCUCCUCUGCCAGGCCCCCCGAAUCGUGGCGACAGGCCUCCCCCACCUGUCCUCUUCCCUGCUCAGUUCGGUCAACCACCACUUGGACCUCUCCCUCCAGGCCCCCCACCUGCAGGUUACGUCCCCCCUCCAGGUCCUCCACCGCCUCAUCAGGGCCCGCCUCCCCCAGGCCCUUUUCCUCCUCGGCCUCCAGGCCCUAUUGGACCCCCGUUGGCUUUGGCUCCACCCCCACACUUGCCAGGCCCUCCGCCAGGUGGGCCACCACCAGCUCCUCAUGUGAACCCGGCCUUCUUCCCUCCACCUGGAGGGAACAGCAUGCCCCCCAACGACAGCCGAGGCCCCCCAGGGCCAAACGACCUGUACGGACGGCCUCCGCCAUAUGAUUCCAGAGAUUACGGUCCUGGACGAGGAGACAUGGAGUCAUCACGGGGUCCUUUGAAUGAGGCCGAGUUUGAAGAGAUCAUGAACAGGAACAGAGCUAUCUCCUCCAGCGCCAUUUCCAGGGCCGUGUCUGACGCCAGCGCAGCUGAUUAUGGCAGUGCUAUAGAGACUUUGGUGACGGCCAUCAGUCUGAUUAAGCAGUCCAAAGUUUCUGCAGACGACCGCUGCAAAGUCCUCAUCAGUUCCCUGCAGGACUGUCUCCAUGGCAUAGAGUCGAAGAGCUACGGCUCUGUAUCUAGAAGAGAACGCUCCCGAGAACGCGACCACAGCCGUUCCAGAGAAAAGAGCCGGCGACACAAAUCCCGCAGUCGAGACCGGCACGAGGAUUAUUACCGAGAGCGCAGCCGGGAGCGCGACCGCCACCGCGAGAGGGACCGGGACAGAGAUCGUGAACGAGAGAGGGAGAGGGAGUACCGGCACCGCUAGAUGUCAGGGCAGCUCACGUGGAUCAAGGAUGGAAGGAAAAGGAGGAACGCUCUCAGUACACCAUCACCCCGCUCACCCUGCAUGACCGGACAGGACUACAACUACCAGCUCUUCCUGCACCCCCCGUCCAUGUCUCCUCUCUUUUCCUUCUCCUCCCAUCCCCCUCUCUCUGUUGUCUGCCUGACUAAGAGCAGUGGAUGGAGGACCCUCAUCUAUGUAAGGCUUCUGUCCAAAUGUCUAUAUUCAUAACUAAAGAUGAAAGAAAACUUUCCAAGCAGUUCUUUUAUUUUUGUUUUGUUUGAGAUAAAGACUAGUAUGUGUGAUGCUCUUUUCUUUCUUUUUUUUGCAAAGAAGCAAAGAAACAAUAAAAUGGCUGUGCAACCCUAAAAAUAGAAGAUAAGCAUCAAGUUCUUUUCAUUUGUUGUUUUUAUUUGGCUCGCUGUACUAUGUAAAUUCAAAAUAGGCAAGUUUUUAUAGGGUUCAUGUUUGACGUUUUCUCUCUCUCUCAUUCUCAUUUCUUCCUGGUUAGUAUGUUUGUAAAUGUCUGAUUUUUGAAUGAAAAACUAGAUGGUGUUGUAAUAAAAAAAAUGUUUGAGGUCCACUCAUCUGGUGAA